UAAAUUUAACUUUUAUAGGUAUUGUUAUUUCUAUGCCUUUGUAUUUAUUUAUCUGUCUGCUGUUUGACUCAUUCUGUUUUAUAUGGACGCGAAUCUGUUUAACUUGCUCUAUGAAGCACUUUGGGCUGUAUUCAUGUAUGAAAAUACAAAUAAAUAAAGUUGAAGUUGGUUGUAGUUCUCAUUUCUUCAACUCUCCGUCGCAUGCGUCCGACGUCAUGAUGUGGCGCGGCGCGAUGACGUCUCUUCACCAGCAAACAUGGCGGAGAGACAACGUGGGAAAACGGCUUCGUCUUCGAAGACGGCGGACAUGGAGGAACAGACAGAACAUUUCAGUUUAAUGUUGGCGUCCAGUGACGAUGAGGCGCCCGAAGAGGUGACGUUUGAAGACUCGAAGACUGAGGCGCUGCGGAGCAUGAAACAGGCGCUGGACACGGCCAGAAGGGAAAAGGAGCUGCUGAAGGAGAAGAGGAGGAAGAGACAGGAAUUAUUCCAGGAACAGAAGAAAAGAAAACUCUUACCGGCUGAUGUGUUGGAGGAAAUCGACUCGUCUCCUCCAAAGAAACAGAAACAGUCCGACGAUGAAGCUGAUGAGGAGCAGCAGGAGGAAGGAGAGGAGCAGCAGGAGGAAGGAGAGGACGGGAGCAGGAAGAAGAAAAAGAAGAAGAAGGGGAAGCCAGCACCAUCCAGAAAUUUGAAGGGAAUCUACACGGUGACGACGGUGAAGGAGCGAAGGAAUACGUCCUUCCAGCAGCAGCUGGCCGAGGAUUUCAUCCAGUCCAGGCUGUACGGACCCGGAAGCUGCCGGACCACGAGUAACGAGAUGCUCUCACUGGAGAACAAGAGGGGCAGAAAUAAGAGCGCGGCUGUGCAGUUUGUCAAGAACAACUGGGCCUCUAAACAAAAAGCCAAAGCAGAGAAGCUGAAGAAAAGGUGGAUCCACAAGCAACAGAUUCCCUCCUGCUGACCGUCUGUCGACCCGGACUUCACUUCUUCUUCUGUGCCCUGAAUUUAAACGGACACUCGGCGUGGAAGACUCCAUGUUUGCUCUACGGCCGGGAACCGCUGGACAGUGAAUCACACCGAGUUAAUGUGGACAAAACCUGGAUCCAGUUCAUCACAAGUUCAUGCACAUGAUAGAAACUGACAGGACAGUGUGUCGGUGCAGCAGAGUGACGGACUGUGAUGAGUUUAAAAGUCCUUUUUUCGUCUAACAAGUUUUUUUCAUUUUGUUUAUGAACUGGGACUUUUCCUCUUGUGUUUAUUAAAAAUCUGUUUAAAAACAUUAAUAACUUUAACAAGUUCAUUGCUGAGAUGUGAGACUCGGAUGAGCUGCUUUUUGUUUUCUGUUCGAUGACUAUAUUAAUAAAAUCUUGGUAUGUUUUUGAAAACAUAAGUUUGUGUAAA